UGCACAGUAGUUCCCGUAGUUGGUCGACUGCAGGACUCUGGUGGAUCAGCGGGUCCACUUUGCCAUCCUCAGAGCAUGGUGGGGUCGUUGAGUGGCUUGCAAAGCACAGUGGUCAAACCUUCCACGCGACUUGACAGCGUUCCAUGUCUCAAUCUCAUCCUCAGAACGGACUCGUGGGCCGCGAUCUCUGCUCCAAAGACGCUUCAUUCAUCACGCCUCGCCCCGUCCAUGCACUUCGCAAUCCCCCACAAUGGUCUCCAGCAUCGUGUCUACCGCGUUCGCCAGCCAGGCUGAAGUACAAGGCUCGAGCCACGAAUCGGGAGGAAACGGCGGCAAGGUGGACGAGACAGCCGGCCAGGCGAGCAGCAGCGGCGUCAUCACCCUCAUCAUGGUGAUCUACAUAUUCCGAGGGCACCCCUACGACACAUGGGACAAGCGCCACGUCCUCGCCUACUUCACCUCUCCGGAUCUCCCGGACUUCCACGAGACCGUCCACACGCAGUACAAGGAAGAGGAACGCAGAUGGGUCCUCGACCGAAUGCACAGAGAGGUUAAAUGGUACGAGUCGCGAACGUACCUCAACCAUGUCCACGCCGGGGCCGUGAAGGUGGCCCGCGGUCAGGAGAUGGUGCCGGUGGACAUCCUCGCGGCCACGCCGGUGGGGGAGCGGCCGAGCGAUUGGAACUGCCAGACCUUCCUGUACGAGGGCAUGCAGGAGCUGGUGAAUCGGGGGUUCCAGACGCAGGAGUGGUACGAUUCUGUCACGGACGAGAUGCUGGACAAGCUCCUUGACGGAACGCUCGGUUGAGAGCUUGCGAGCUGCUGGUUCUGCUCUCCUUU